AGAGCACACGGCCAGAGGCGGAGAAUGAGUGAGGAGGGGAAGAGAAAAGCACACCUACCAGAGGAGAUGAUGUGAGUGGUAGUGUAUGAGUGGGGUGGUUAGUUAGUGAGGAGCACACGGCCAGAGCAGAUGUGACUGAGUUGAGUCAGUUAUAAAAGUGUGAAGUUCUGUAGAGAAACAUUGCCCAAACAACCUGAUCCAACGUGCAAUGCAAUCUGAACCUCUAUCUGCCUCUCCUUACAGUAUGUAUACAAUGUAACCUGCAGCAGAGCUACAGUGAGACUACUGUAUAUCUCUAAUGCAGAACAGAGGACACCAUCAGGCUCAGAGGGACACGGGUUACACCCCCUCCCUACCUGGAUCUCCAAGUAUAUUAAAAAAAAAAAAAAAAACAACAACCCAUACCCCUCCAGCGUGAGACUGACACAGGAUUGAGUGCAAAGUAAACCUCACAGCACCCACCCCCUUUCCAAGCAGAGCAGCCUGCAACCAUUCAUAUCAGCAUACACACGCAGAUAAAUAUGUAUAUGUGUAUUUUUUGCAACAGAUCAAGGAAGUCUGCCUGCCAAGGCGAUCAGCAGAGGGACUGAAGCAGGAUUUGCAUGAGCAGCCAUUUCACUGGGAACCUCUUUAAUACAUGUAUUUUUGGAUGACAGACAUGGAGUUACUUUUUCCCCACUGCUAGGAGGGAGAGCCGGAGACUUGGAUACAGUGUGAGCGAUGAGCCGCUGGACUUUCUGCAGGAGGCUCAUGGUUUUCUCCGUUUUUUACCCUGGGAUCCUCCCCUGUUUUAACCUGAGCUUCUCUCCACAGUGAGGAGGACACCCCCUAAACACAGCAAGGUUAAAUAGCUCAUUUCAGAAGCUACCAACACUAUCCAUCUUCCAAACCUAAUCCUUUUCACUGCAGACAUGUUGAAAUGAUCUUUGGCAACUGCUUUCCUAGUCAAUGGAAAGUGAAGCCCUUCAGACAUUAGGACACUGGAGGAUUGGCGGUCUGAGCCAGAGGUGACGGUCGAAUGGCCCAGGACAUGGAAGACGCUGCUGGAUCCGCCAGGAGAAGAUGGAAGAGAAGAGGAGGAAAUUCUCAUUAAGCAGCGAUGACUCUGACACCACUGACAGUCACACAACAUCAUGGUCAAGAUGUUCCAAAGUACCAACUUCAAAAACCACCUGGACCAGACAGAAGGAGAAGAAACCAUCAGAGGUGUUUCGCACUGAUUUAAUAACUGCUAUGAAAAUCCCAGAUUCUCACCAGUUUGGUCCAGAUGACUUUUACAUACUGGCUGAUCCUUGGAGGCAGGAAUGGGAGAAAGGAGUACAAGUGCCAGCAGGCUUAGAAGCAAUACCUCAGUCAGAGGUCAGGUUUGUUGAAGCAUCGGAGGAAAACCCCCUACUGGUAAAGAAUAACACAUUACCUGGAUCACAGCGUCCAGGGAACUUCCAGGCCACGCUGCAGAGAUCAUGCAGAUAUGACCUGGAUGAGGUGGACACCUGCUGGUUGGAACUUGUUAACACGGAGUUCAAAAAGCUAGAGAUGCCAGUGUUGGAUGAGCUCACUUUAGAGAAGGUACUGGAAGAAUUAGAGAUGCUCUGCUACGAGAACAUGAACAUUGCCAUUGAGGCGGAAGAAGGGCUGGGAAUUGAAUAUGAUGAAGAUGUUGUCUGUGAUGUAUGCCGAUCACCAGAAGGAGAGGAUGGGAAUGAGAUGGUUUUCUGUGAUAAGUGCAAUGUCUGUGUGCACCAGGCUUGUUAUGGAAUAUUGAAAGUUCCAACGGGAAAUUGGCUUUGUCGAUCUUGUGCUCUUGGCGUUCAAGCAAAAUGUUUACUUUGCCCAAAGAGAGGAGGAGCUUUGAAACCUACAAGAAGUGGGACAAAAUGGGUCCACGUUAGCUGUGCCUUAUGGAUUCCUGAAGUUAGCAUUGGAUGUCCAGAGAAGAUGGAGCCUAUUACGAAGAUUUCACACAUCCCGCCGAGUAGAUGGGCAUUGUCCUGCAGUCUGUGUAAAGAAUGUACUGGUACUUGUAUUCAGUGCUCCAUGCCGUCCUGCAUCACUGCGUUCCACGUCACCUGCGCCUUUGACCACAACUUAGAGAUGCACACUACAUUGGCAGAGAACGAUGAGGUAAAGUUUAAAUCCUUCUGUCUGGAGCACAGCAAUGGAGCCACCAAACCAGAGGAUCAAUGCAGCCAAAGACCAUCCUCCACUAUUGCCACAGUGGAUGUUGACCAAACGAAGCUGGAUCUGGAAAAGGUCACCUUGAGGAAACAGAAGCUCCAACAGCUGGAAGAAGAUUUCCAUGAACUUGUUAAGCCAGAGGAUGUGGCUGAGAACCUUGACAUGAACAAGAAUGUUGUUGACUUUGUUUACCAGUACUGGAAGCUGAAGAGGAACGCAAAUUUUAACAAGCCUCUGUUGACUCCCAAAACUGAUGAAGUGGAUGACUUGGCUCAGCAAGAGCAAGACGUCCUCUACAGAAGGUUAAAACUCUUUACACACCUAAGGCAGGAUUUGGAAAGGGUUAGAAACCUAUGCUACAUGAUCACCAGACGUGAGAAGAUGAAACACUCCAUAUGCAGACUUGAAGAGCAAAUUUUCCAGCUGCAGAUGAAACUUGUCGAGAAAGAUCUUCACCAUGAAAAAUCCAGAAAGAAAACAAAAGGGAAGAAAAUGAGCAGUCCAGAAAGGAAAGAAAGAUUGCGAAGAGGAAAAGGCUCCGUUUUGGGACAGCUGGAUUUGUCAUCGUCAUUUCCAAUAGAUGGAACAUUUUUUAGCAGCUGGUUAGCGCAACCAGUUCAAAUUACCACUGAGAACAUGACAGUGAGUCAGUGGGCCUUGAACAAUGGUCACCAGGAAAACGUAACUUCAGGCCUUCUGUCUGAAGAGCUGUUACAGGAUGAAGAGACCUUGUUAAGCAUCAUGAUGGACAACUCACUCAAGUCUCCUUUCAAGCAGGUGGAGACUGUAAAAAAAGUUAAAAGCAAGACUAGAAUAAAUGGAAAGAAAAAACUGCAAAUAAAUAACCCGGGCACCAUUUUUAAGAGUCCACGGGAUGACCUUACCCUGUGGAAUGAUCUGAAAUAUUUGUCAGAUGAUACUGAGAUGCCUUCCAUCCACAAACCCAACAAAACCGGCAAACGAGCUACCAAGGUACAAGUGGAGAGAAGAGGGCACGGUAAGCGAAAGACUUCAAAGAAGGGUUCUGCACAGUCAUCUGUGUUAAAGGCAAAUGGCUCACAUGGCUUACCAGAUCUGAAUAGCAUAGACAACCGUGAAAUGACAGUAAAAUAUGCACAACCCGAGUCUAAUUCUCUUGUCAAAGUGCCUGACUCGCUGGGUUAUGCAAAAACAAUGGUGAGAUUUAGAUUACCAAAGGGUAGUAAAGCCAAUUUGGAGUCACAGAGUGAAAAUCCAGAAAAGGCAAAUGGACUUCGAGUUAAUGAAAUGCCCAAGAAAACCUCCCAUUUGGACAAUGAAACCGAUGGCUACUACUCAGAUGCAGAAAUGACCGACUCUGAGGAGGAAUCAAGCCGAGGAAGAAUGCAACUUAACCAGUUCGACCCUGCGAAUGACGACAUUGUCCGAAUGAGCAUUUUGGCUUCUUAGUUCUUCAGUUGAAAAUAAACUGGAUUAUUUCAUGAUGUCUACACCAAGAUAUGACUGCCAUUUCCAAUUUAUGCCUGCUGUCAACAGAGUUGUCUAUUAUAUGUUAAUGUGAUAUGUUUUACAUAUAAUCACAGAUAUGUAAUACAUAUGCCGUUUCAGCGCAGCUGUCUUUCUCUACUCCUUGAUACAUUAAAGCCUCACAAACAUACAUAGUACUGCAGAUAUCCCUUAAUAGCUAACAUACAUUAUCUGAUUAAAAUGCAAUCAUGUGCAUCUAAGAACAUGUCAUUCUUGUUCCAAAACAGGGUGUUAGAGGAUGAUGUGAGUUCAGCUAUAGGGGGUUAAUGGGCAUUAUUUUAAGACAAAACGGAAAAAAAAAUUGUGAGUUGAAAACGUUCCAUCAUCAUUUAAUGAAACAUAUAGUAAAAUAAGCAAAUUGCUAAAAAUAGUAAAAAGCACAAAUAAAAUGCUUAUUUGAAGAAAGCACUUAUAAGUAGAGGAAGGCAACUAAGCUGUUAUAAACGUUUCGCUAAUGUCCUUUAUCCUGAACUCAUUAUCUUCCGUCCGGACUUAUUUCUUGGCCAUGGACAGACGAGUAAAUAGCAGAAGUGCGCAGCACUAUGAGCCAGAGAAGGCUGUCCUUAUCAGUACAUCUGUUGCGUCUGUCAAUGGAACAUGCAAACAGCUUAUGGAACUGUUUGGAGCUAAACCCACUAAUAGCUGGUUGAAUAUACUUGCUCAGGCGGAUAAACUAGGCUUUACCUCUGUGGUGAGGCCAAGAGGGGGAAAUGUAGGCAUUACUUUUGUAUCAUUCUAAACCAUCCAUGUGUUCUCAUAAGGGAGAUUAUGUACCAUCAACACUGGUAGCAAAAGUGCUAGUGUUCUCGUAAGAGUUUCAUUCUUAGGUAUCUCAUUGCAAAUAGUUUUACAACUAUAAAUACCAUAAUUUCAUUAUGGCCAACCUUCAGCACUCCUGUUGUUGUUGAUGUAUAUUUCCCAUGAUAUAAAGCCAGCAGCAAUAUCUAACUUUGUAUAUUGGGAAACUAUAGUUCAGCUAGAGUAGCAAAGGUUUACUAUCCCUGCCAUUAUACCUUAGACCCAUGUCAUCAGUGUAGACACAUACAGUUCCAUUGAGAGAGCCUUCACUGUUUGUUACCAUGCUUAGAGGAUGAGCAUACAUUUUAACCGGGGUUGUAUAUUUACCACAGGGAACUCCAUGAAAGUAUUAACUAUAUAUAUAUAUAUAUAUAUAUAUAUAUAUAUAUAUAUAUAUAUAUAUAUAUAUAUAUAUUAUGAAAUAUGCACUUAGUGUGGGACUUGGAAGUUUGCAGGCUAACCUCAAAGUCAUACUCUUAGAAGGGAACAUUUCAAAGUUUCAGAAGCCACAUACUGUAGUGGCAAAAGAAAUCCUAUGUCCCUAGAACAGUGGAGUAAUAUGAAAGAUAAUUUGUUAUUUUGCAGAUCACUAAUCACAAAGUUACUAUCAUCAUAAUGCACUGGUACUCUGGGGAAAAUGAUGCAUAGGUCUCACUAUUCACUAGUCUGCUGACUUCAGUGUGGCAGUUAAGGUUCCUCCAAUUAUUUUGAUGACAUGUUUUUUCCUAAACUCUCCAAACAGGGCCUGACUCUCAAGGCGCUCUCAUAUUACUGACUCUCAAGGCGCUUCCUAGUUACUCCAAGGAACAGAGGAGUUCCUCUACUCCAAAUAGAAAUAAGCCCUACUGUCAGUCUAGGGCAUACAUAUGAUCUGUACUGUACAUAAUAUACAAUAAUCACAAUCUGAGUGCUGUUAAGCUGUAUCUAUUUAGGAGAUAAUGGACCCCAUUGUGCUAAUGUACAAUGAUCACUUGUACCAAACAUUGAAACUGAGAGCUAAUGCAGCGCUUCCAACUUUGAGAAUCCUUUUCUCCAUAAUGUCCAUUCACUAUUAGGGUCAAGUUACUUGUUACUGUUAAGAUGUCCUUACUCAUUUCACAGGGUUAGCACCAACUACUAGCUUCAAACAUUUGUAACUGUUGUAUCUACAUUUGCUUCAGAUGUAUAGAUAUAUAUGUCUCAGGUCUUUAUCUCGUUUGCACUUAAAUUUUUUGAGAGAUCUGUAAAAAUUCAAGUUGAGGCUUUAUGUAGCCAGUUUGUGUUCUGAAAUACAAUGACAAUGUAAACAAAAUUACCCCCUCCCUUUUUUUUGCAUAGUAAUAGUGUUUAAUUUAGCGUGUGACCAUGUUUUAUGUCUUUCCAUGGAUGCACAGAGUCAUAUUUUGCCUAUGUUAUUAAGUUUAGGUGAGUGCAGUGUUGUCACCAGCCCCUAUAGCUAUAAGGGCAGCAAAAUGUUAUAUUACUGUUUUCUUGUGCAGUUUUACUGGGACAUGACGAAAAAUUAGCAUUGAUGACCAUUAGGGACUAUCAGCAUAUCGGCGACCAUACUACAAUUUAAGUCCCUUCUAAGCCUUAAAAAAAAAUGCUUCUUCUUUUUUUCAGACAGCCAGUUAAUCAAGGCAUGCACUUAAACGUCUCAUCUUUACUUUUUCCUAUAACGGUCACUGAUAUAUGUGAUAUUUUUCAAUUAAUGUGACCCCAGGGUGAGCUCAGGGAAAACCACAGGUCAAAUAAAUGAAAACGGCAAAAAAAAAAAAAAAAAAGUUUAGCUUUUUUUGUUGCUUCAAACACAGGGCCUUUCUGCAGCCCACAAACCUGUAGCUUUCCUCGAAAGCAAAGAUUCACCAGAUAUGCCGUUUGUUAAACAAAAAACUUUCAAUGGAUGCCAAAGAACACUUGUACAUGACUAAGAGUUGCAUACAACAUGGAUCUUCAGCAUAUAUUUGGUGACAAACACAUGCACAUAGCAGUUAUUUAAAACUUGGAUCACAAGAGCUCACAACAACCAACUAGAGUCUAAGCUUACUGUAAAUGAGACGUGAAGACUGUGAUGACAGCACCUCCUGCUGUUUUGGUUUAACACACUUCUGCUUUAUUUCAUCAGUGAAGCUUUUCUCAAAAGUCUUUUUCAACCAUACCAGCAGCUUAAAGGGUCACAGUUAUACCCUUGUAAAAUAAUUGAUUCCUGCAGUCCGUUUUAGAAAGCUAUAUAAAAUAAACCAAUGAUUAAGAUAAACAUAACAGUUACAGCCGUUAUACUGACAUUUUAUGUAAGAAGUCAACAUGCAAAGUGACCAGUCAUUUUACAAGUGGCUGUGUCACAAGACAACAGAUGGAGCCAAACAAUUCAGAUGGCUGUUAGCAGCUAGCAGAAUACACCAAGCUCACUAAAUAAAACUCUAGCUUCACUACUGCAAGCGCCAAUGGAGAGUUUGUGUGUUUGAACAAUGUUUAAUACAGUUUAGGACUAGUUCAACUUUACAUGCUUGGUAGAUGUUAGAUACAGUUACUAGUAUAGGUUUCAUACCAAUAAGUAAUAUGCUGCAUUUAAUUGUUCUUGCUUCUGUGUGCUUCAGUUAAACUAUGGUUAAGAUACCCACAAACCACCGCUUCAUGACCUGCUUUUAGUGUUACUUGCCUGAUCAGUACAGAAAACUUACAGUUUGAGAUUUUUUUUUUAAGAACAACCAGUUUUCAUCAUGUAUCAUUAUUAAUCUUGCCCUAGUGCCUAGUAACAUUGGAUGCACCCAUUAUGUGGGCAGAACUAGAUUCAACUCAUCAUUUCCAUAGGAAAAAAUAUUAGUCAUGAUGUGCAUUGUGUCACCUGUUCUUGGGAAAUUGUUAGGCAGAGUAGUCAUUAAUGGGCCAACCCACAUAAUGGCUACAUCCAGAUGUAACAUGACAAAUUAACCAUUUUUACUGGUAUAUUGUUUAUUUUCAAGGUUGAUGACAAAUUGACAACAUUUUGACUUGUAUCCAAAUGCAUUUACCCCUAGGCUCUAUAAAACCUCUAUUGCACGCGUAGGGGUCAAUUCAAUGAGGGGUGAUAUUCUCACCCCCAUGAGUAAGUGCAGCUCUAUGCCACACUUACAGUACCGUUGGCUUUGCAGAUUUUUAUUUGUCGCCCCAUCAGGGCUGCAUACGAAAAUCAGAGUGUCGGGUGAGAUUGGGCAAUUUUUGCCGUUGCUGCUUUUCCUAACUUUGUUGCAAUGGCAACUCGCCCACUUUGCCCUGGAUUGAAUCGAAUACAGUCAAACCCUUGUUUUACAUCCCCUGAUUUUUACAUAUCUUCUAAUAUUUUUCACUUUGGUCGGGUCCCUCAUUCUUUAAUUAUAUUAUUCAGUCUGCCUAUUCCCUGGUGUUACUUUAACUUUGUCUACAUUUGACACAACAGUAAUUUCAAGAUACAGCAUUUUAUGCUGUAUACUAGUUUGCUCUCGUUAUUUAUUACUAUAGGGUUCAAGUUCAAAUAGCUGCAAGCUACCAUAGGACAAACAUUAUGUUUUCUCUUCAAGUUUGUUUUAUUAUGAAGAUGUGGUUUGCCAUGACAAUUUCACCAUGUAUGUACACUUUUCCUACUGCGACAAACUGUUUAACACAAUAAACCACUGUGUUCAAUUGCAAAUUGGUUUCAGUGGCUUGUCCCUGUUUAACUUAAGUUUGGGGAUUUUCAUUUCUGGAUUUACACCUGUUUUUACUGGUCCCAUGAGAUAAAUAAAUUGACUGUAUUGAAAAAUAAUCAUACAUUAUGUCUCAUUAAAUCACAGCCCUAAAUUUUACUUUUUUCAUUCUGAAGAUAUAAAAAUAUGACUUGAACAUUAAGAAAAAUUAAAUUAUGAAGCAAGUGUAUUUUCACUUAUUCAAAGUAAAACAAAACAUACAUUUUUUUCUGUUUGUAAAAUAUUUAGAAAUUAGACAGCAGUUUGACUAUUUCAUGAGUCACAUUAAUUUGUGUUCAACCAUAUUUUAUAUGCAUAUACCAUAACUGAAUAGAACUUCCUUUUUUUUUUUUUAAAUUGUCGCAAAUAUGUUUUACGUUGCUCUGUCCGGAUCUUUAUUAAAAAGGAAAAAAAAAAACACCUAAGUUUAAAGGGCCAAUCUAUCUCUAUUAAAACAACUGAUUUUUCUAAAUUAAAACAUUUGCAUAUUAUUUUAAUUUAAAUGUAUUUUAUUUUAUUAGAUAUGAAAAAAAUAUCACCAAAUUUUUUUCUAUUAAAACUAACAUCACAAGUUUCAUCUGUUGUGUAAUUGAGUAUAUGCACAAAGUAAACUAACUCAUAGAGUACUCCUGUCACCUUGUCACAUGCAGAAUUACUGGUUGUUCUUUAUCAAAAAAUUCAGUCUACUUUCUCAAUUCAACAAGUGAAAGAGUACUUAUCACAUCAAAUGCAGAAAACUAUAUGAAUGUCGCAGGAGGAAAACACUCCUGUCUUUGUUUUUUAAGAAAAAUAAAAUAAAAGUGAUGUGCCAUUUGUUAAUAUAAAGAGAAAUAAUGAAAAUAUUUUGAAAAGAGCAAUUAUAAAUUAUUUUUGGCUUAUGUUGCAAUAUUUAUUUUCAUGUAUUAGAAAUUCCUUUGUAGAUGGGAAAAAAAUGUAUUUUUCAUUAAUGCAAAUACCUAUUUCUCCUUUUUGUACAUUUUCCAUGUUAGACGAUCCUUACAGCAAUAUAAUAUAUGGAACUUGUUCAGUGUUACUGUAUAUGCAUGCACUUUGUGUUGCUUCGAAUAGUUUUGUCUGCCAUUGUUUUCCUCUUGUUUAGAGUUCAACAUUUGCUUUAAGACACAUGGGACCACAGCCCAUUGCUCAUGAAAAACUCCUUUUGCGUUCUUUCAAUGUGAUUGCAAAUACAGUUAAUAAAGCAAUGUUUUAUGUGUA